AUGGAAGAUUUAGGGCCAUCGCGGGUUAAGAUAAUCAACCCUAUUAAUGGUAGUGUAAUGUUUACCUCAUCACUCCGAGAGGAUUCAUUCGAUGAAGAAGAGUUAGAACAAGAGGGUAUCCCUCCGCCAUUCAACGCAUACUCAGCUACUGGUGACGUCACGGGAGACCUUGUGUAUGUCAAUUAUGGAAGGCUUGAGGACUACGAAUAUCUUCAGAAUCUAACCACAAAUAUCAACUUCAAGGGAAAGAUUCUCAUCGCAAAAUACGGCAUGACAGGGAGAAAUACCAAGGUUGUAAAUGCUGAAAAGUUUGGAGCUGCUGGUCUGAUCCUUUUCUCUGAUCCUAGAGAUCUACCUACCUAUGGCUUACCUCAUAACGGUAUACCCUACCCGAGAGGAUCAUUUCUACCCAAGACGGCGGCACAGAGAGGCUCGAUCCUUAAAGAUAUCGGUGAUCCUCUGACUCCUGGCUACCCUGCUAAAGAUUUUGCAUACAGAUUAGAAUUAAACGACACAUCAAUACCAAAGAUUCCUGUACAUCCCAUUGGAUUCGAAGAUGCAGAAAAACUUUUAAGGGCAUUAACAGGUCCUCAGCCCGGUGAAGGAUGGAACAGAGACCCAAGGACAAUCUUUGAAGUAGGUCCUGGAUUUAAGGACCCCUAUAGAGGAAUGAAAGUGAGACUAGCUGUAAAUUCCAUCUCAGCUCAUCAUUACACAUAUAACACUGUAUGUUUUAUCAGAGGAGACAUUGAGCCAGAUCGUUACGUCAUCGUUGGUAAUCAUCGAGAUGCAUGGGCUCUCGGGGCUGUUGAUCCUACCAGUGGAACGGCUACUCUCAUGGAAGUAUCGAGGGCGUUUGGAAAAUUAAAACAAGAAGGUAAUUAUGUACUGUGGACAUCGGCUUCACCUCAUUUAAGACCGGUGGUUUAUGCUGCCGCCAAAAAGAUUCCAGAUCCUGAUAAUAAUGAGAGAUCUCUUUAUGAUACCAUGGUUGAACGAAAGCCAGAUGAUCUAGAACCACAAAGACCACAGUAA